UUAAAUGUCGGCUAAAAGUGUCCACACAAAACUCUAGAUUGUUCCCAGGUUUUACUAAAAAUUUAGUUGUUUCUAGUGAUAAUAUAAAUGAUCUUGCAAGAAAUUCUUGAAUAGUGGACAUCCUCCUUUAAAAUGCGGCAUGUGCCGGCUAAUCGCAUAACCAACCACUGCGUAUCUAUAUAUAUUUCCCAUAUACAUAUUCACACAUAUUCUAUAACUAUUUAUAACUAUUGUGGCACUGUAACUUGUAAAAGGUAGGCUAUUGUCAUUUACCACGAUCAGACACUAUCCGAUUGCAACCAAUGCACGUGCCAAAAACUGAAAAAAAUUAAUUAAAUACAUAUAUAUUUUGUUAUCUUGUUAUUAAAUUAAGUAUUUGAAAAUAAUUCUUGAUAUUUUUGUAACUGAUAAUAAUUUAUAAUUAAGAAUAACUCAGGACAAAUAAAACAUUAAAAUUUUAAAAUCAGAAGUGAAGAAAAAAAAAAAAAAAUGUCAGAAGAGACAAAUAAUAUUCCAGUCAAUCAAGACAAAACAAAAGAAAGUAUGAAAGAUAUUAUUGAGAAAAUGGACACAGACAAUGAAGACGAUAAAAUCAACAAAAGUUUAGUUGAAAAUCAAGAUGUUUCAUCAGAUGGAAAUACAAAUCAAAGUUCCACUGCCAAUGCCGGCACAACAACAGCAAAAUCAGAUGAAUUGGUUGAUCACAAUGGCGCUAUUACUGAAAAAAUAAUUGAAUGCAAUGUUAACAACAAUGGCAUCAAAGAAACAUCAAAAGAAGAAAAUAAAAUAUCUCACAAAAGUAAUUCUAUCAGUAAUGGUGAAAGUUGUAAACGUAAAUUAGAUGAGUCAGAUGAUCAAGCUGCAAAAAUUUCACGAACAUUUUCUACCAAUGAUGCUUUCAAUGAUGAUCGUAACAAAACGAUGACCACUUCAAAUGAUUCUUCACUAAAUAUUUCUUCAAAAAUUAAAACAUCAGAGCCAGUGCAAAAUGAAUUUGUUGAAGAAAAAAAAUCAAAUUCAACAGAAAAUUUGAACAAUGGAGAAAAUAAAAAUUCUAAUCAUGGUACAAAUGAUACAGAUGAUACCAACAUGUUGAUAGAUAAAAAUAUAGAUACCGAAGAAUGUAACCUUACAAAAGAUGAUAAAGUCAAUGAUACAUCAGACAUUCCAAUACAAACAACAAAAAGUAGAAUGAGCAUUGAGGUAAUUUAUGAUAAAUCAAAACAACCACCAAAAAAACCUGAAGAACUCGUUGAAAUUGAUGAAGAGGGAGAAAAAAUUGUUCUUGAUUCAUCACAAGAAAAUGAUAUAAUUAAUGUAAAAAAUAUAGAUGCUAGUUUUGAUAAAUCAUCAACAGAUUUAAAAGACAAUAAAAUCACAGAAAAUGAUGUAACAAAUGGAAAUGAUGAUGAAAUCAGAACAUCUACCAAUGGCAAUCCACCAAUACAUUCGAAUGAUUCAAUACAACAAAAGUUUCCUGAGGUAUUGAAUUUGAUAAGUGAUAGUGAAGGUGAGUCAUUUAUAAAUGAAGAUGUAAACACAAAUGAUAAAAUGUUGUCAUAUACAAAAGAAAUAAGUUUUACUGUAAAAUUAAAAACAGUUUAUUCUGUUGAUAAAAUAACAAAAGAAAUUGUAAACAAAGAAAUAAUUUCUGUUGAUUGUUUAUCUGAUCAACAAUCUCACAGUGAUUCUUGUCCUGGUGAUGUUUCUGCUUCUGACAAAGAACAAGACACAUCACUACCAUUAUCUUCAAGUAAAUCAUCUUUAUAUAAAUUGCCAAAAUAUCCAAGAGCUUCAAUAGUAUCAACAGUUAGUUCAUCAAGUUCAUCGUCAACAGAGUCAAAUAAAAAUGACAAUGAAAAAAAUAAAAAUGAAUUUUGUUUACCUCAAGGUGUUCCAAAACAAGCAAAAAAAAAUCUUGAUGAAUCAAAUGAUAAAUUGAAAAAAGACUGGAAAAAUGUUAAUCUUUUAACAUCAAAUAUUUUAGAAUUAAUGAAUGCUGAAGUAUACAAUAGUUUCUUAGAAAGUGAAUCAGAUGAAUCAUUAGAAGAACGUCAAUUAAAAACAUCAACUCCUGAAAAAUCAACAAAAACAAAACGUUCAAUAAAUGCUAAAUCAAAAAGUAUUAAAAAAAAUAAAAGUGCAAAAAAAAGCAAGCCUGUAAUCAAUACAAAAUCAUUAAAAAAAUCACCAACUAAUGGUGAUUCACCUGUACCACUACCUUCAACACCAACAAGACCUUUAAGAUGUACAACAUCAUUGAGAAAUAAUACACCACGUGCUAAUGCAAAAGAUGUAAGUGAUACAGAAGAUUUAAAAGAUAGUAGAAUAGGUAAAAUAUGUUUUGCUAAAUGGACACAUGAUAACAUAUAUUAUCCUGCAAGAGUAGUAAAAAAAUCAAAAGAUAACUUUUUAGAUGUUAAAUUUUUGGAUGGUCAAUCAAAAACUCUGAAUGAAAAUUUGGUUGUACCAUUACUAAAAUCUCUUGUUGAUUCAGAAAUACAUUAUCGUCUUCAGAAUAAACGAUAUAGUCAUGUUGCAACUGUUAAAUCAGUUAUUGAUUCUAAUGUUCCUGAUGAUGAAAUUCAAUUUAAAGUUUUAAAUGAAGAAAACAACGAAGCAACUGUUGAUAUAAAAGAUAUAUUUUUAACUGGAAAAGAAAUUAAAAUGCUUCAAAAUAAGGAACCAGAUAAUGCUGAAGCAUAUACACCACAAACACUUAUUACAGUAACACCAACAAAAAAACAACCAUGUGCUUCAACUCCAAAAUCAGCUGAAAAAAAAAUUACUUCUGAAAGUACAACAAAAGUAUUACCAACCGAAAAUGCACCAUCAAGUUCAAGUGCUAGUAAUAAUAAACAAGAGGUUAAUUUAAUGAUCAAUUGUUUAAGAUCUUAUGCAAUUGAAAAAGAUGGUUUUAAUGCUGUACAAGAAGAAAUUGCUGAUAUGCCAAAUGACAUAUCAACAAAAGGACCAGUUAAUAGAAUGAAAGGAAAAGCUAAAAAUACUAAAAAAAAAGAAGAUCAAGAAAUUAUUAAACAACUUGGACCAAUACCACCAGCAGGAUCAAAAAUUUUUUCAGGAAUGUCUUUUAUGAUUGUUUGUGUAUCAGUACAAACACUUGAAAGAUAUGCCGAUGAAAAUCCAAUUGAUUCAAAUUCAGAACCAGAAACAGAUAAUGAACUUGAAUGGACAAGACAACCAUUAUUAAGAGAUAGAUUAACUGAACAAAUAAAAGCUGGUGGUGGUAUAGUUUAUGACAAAUUUAAUGAUAUUCCACGUGAAAGUUAUGGUAUUACAAAAUUAGUAACAAAUGUUCCAAAUUCUUCAUUGAAUUCAUUACUAUGUUUGUCAGUUGGAAUAAGAUCUUAUAAUCAUGGUUGGAUAAUACAAAGUUGUCAUCAAAAUAAAUUAAUGAAUGCUUCUGAUCACGAAUUACCAUCUGGUUGGAGUUUAAAAAAUAAAGCAUAUGUUGAAUUUUGUGAACGACCAUCAACAACACCAUUCAAUCAUGCUAUUGCUAUUAUACCAAAAACUGAUAACAAUAGUUUCUUUGUUCAAUAUUGGAGCACAAUUAUUCAAAAUCUUGGUGGUUUUGUUCGAGUUAUUACUGCUCCAACUGAAUCAUUUGAAGAAGGUACUUUUGUUUUGACAAGUGAAAAUUUUCCAGAUUGGCUUCCAUCACUUGCUGAAUAUUGUCAAUGUCCACUUGUCUCAUCUAGAUGGGUUAUGCAGUGCCUCAUCGAGGGAAAAGUUGUUAGUUACGAGGAACAAUUAGAAUACAAACAUGAUUACGUUAAAACAUCAGAAUAAUAUUUAUAUUUUAAUGGUUUUUUUUGCU